UUUUCUUGUUUUUUAUUGUGGUGGUGAUGGUGUACUACUACUACUACUACUACUAUUUCUACUACUACUUUUCUUGUUUUUUUAUUGUGGUGGUGAUGGUGGUGGUGUACUACUACUACUACUACUACUACUACUACUACUACUACUACCACUACUACUUUUCUUGUUUUUUAUUGCUUAGUAGUAGUAGAAGUGAUGUUACGCCACUACUACUACUACUACUACUACUACUACUACUGCUACUACUACUACUGCUACUACUGCUGCUACUACUACUGCUACUACUAAUAUGGUAGCUGAUGGAAUGCUACUUAGAAAAAACCGGUCUUGAUUUUUUUUUUUCUUCUGCUGCCGACCGUGAAACACACACACACACGCACACACAUACACACACACACACACACACACACACACGCACACACGCACAUACACACAUUUGGAACACCGCCAAGAGAAGAGAAAGCCACAUAAUCUUUUCUUCCUCUUCCCCCCCCCUCCCUCCUCUUCUUCCUCCUCCUCCUCCUCUUCCUCCUCCUCCUCCUCCUCCUCCUCGCUUUCUUCCUAAUAGGUUAGUUUGAGUCAGUCACCCGUGGAGGUUACACACGCAUCUGUCCUAACUCGACCCUAACCUAACCUAACGACCACCACCACCACCACUACUACUACUACUACUACUACUAUUACUAUUACAGUGGGCAAAGAAGAAUUGUCAAGGAAAAGAUUGCAAUAGAAAGAAAAGAAUAUUUGUAAUUGUUUUUCAGUGUUUUUAUUUUUUUUUUGUGAAUUUUGUGUUUUUUUUUUUUGUAUUUUGUGUUGAGAAAAUUUGUGUCGUUGUUGUCGUUUGUGUUCUUGUGUGUUGGUAGUGCUGUGACUACCGUAGUUGCUGUGGUAAUAGCAGUUGCUGUGACUAACAACAACAAACAACAACAACAAUGAAAACCACACGAAAACCACCACCUUUACUACAACUACUACUACAACUUCCGCCACUACUACUACUACUACCACUACUACUACCACUAUUGCCGGGAACAGAUGCAGCUAUUGAGGAAGUUGAAGUGACACCAUCUAGCACAAACGGGAUAGAGCUCGGAGAACUAUCCUACCCACAAUUCCUUUUCGCCUGCGCAGUUUUCAUUAAGUUAGUCACGUUAUACGCAGUUGGGAUAUUGCCAGUUGAGAUCAACCUAGGAGACAAAUUUGGGUUCGAUUAUCAGUCGGAUUAUGAGGAUUAUAAUGGUGCGGAUGCGUUCGAAGCAGGGGAGGAGCUGACCAGAAGGAGACACGAUGAUGAAAAGCCAAGAAUGAUUCAGUCGCCCCUGCCCGGCCUAGCCCUUGACUGUACACUGCAAUACACCUGCGAGCUGGACAGGUGGACGGGCAGAUCCCACUCCACCAUGCCUGAGAAGUUCCUGGCGUACAUUUUCAGCAACGACAAGGCGGUGUUCAGGAAGCAAGAGGGCGUGACGUACGGAGGCCUGGGCACGUGCAGGGAGAUGUAUCCAUGUCCCUGGGAUGUGCAGAGUCUGGUGGGCCUUCCUAUCCCUGGCUCUGAGGGGCAUAACUAGACUACUGCUACUACUACUAUUACUACUACUACUACUACGUAUUCGUGACUGAUUGACUUAACACCUAGACUACUGUUGCUACUACUGUGUGUGUGUGUGUGUGUGUGUGUGUGUGUUUGUGUGUUUGUGUCUCCCAGGAUGUCAAGACCACACAGACCACUACUACUACUACUACUACUACUACUACUACUACUACUACUACUACUACUACUACUACUACUACUACUUAACUAGCCUGACCUAACUUGACCUAAUCUAACCAAACUUAAACCUGACCAAACUUAACCUAAUUUAUUUAUUUAUUUAUUUAUUUGUUUAUUUAUUUGUUUGUUUGUUUGUUACCUCAGUAAUGUAUUAAUCUUCAUCAUUUCAUAUUCUCAGACACUGUAAUUAUCAUUUCUCACUUCAUUCGCAUCUUUUGUUUAUUUAUUUUCAUUCAUCCGUGGCUUAUUUAUUCAAUAUUCAUUUAUAUAUCAACUUUUUUUUCUUCGUUUUUCACUGUUUUUCAUUUUCGUUGCAUUAUUUUCAGGGUGGACUAAAAAUAAUGAGUUUGUUUGUAUAUUUUUUUUUGUGAAAGGGUUUUAAAAUGUUGACUUUCAGGUAAUGCAUCUCUCGUUUUCUUUUUUCUUUUUUUUUUGUAUUUUCGUUCGUAUUUAUGUAUUUUUAUAUUUAAUUGUUUUUGUAUUUGUGUGUUCGUUUAUUUAUUGUUUUGUAUCUCUUUGUUUGUUUUGUCAAUUGUUAAUUUCAUUUUAUGCAUGUACGUUGAAAUGUUUUUUGUAACUUUUAAUUUUUCUUUCUAAUGCAAAAAAUAGUUUCCGUUAUUUUUUCUAUUUUUUUUUUGUGAAAGUUUAAGUGUUUUUUUUUCGUUAUCCUAGUUUUUUUUUUUUUUUUUGUAUCUAGGAAUUUAAAUUAAUAAAUGGCAUUUUGUAAUAUACACUGAAUGCGUAUAGAAUUAAUGUGAUACCUUUAAUGUAUAUAUUUUUUCAAGGCAUUGUCUGUUUAUUUAUUUAUUUGGCAUUAUUAUUACUCAUUUAUAUAUUUUUCACAAUAUAUAAUAUUAUAUGCGAUUCAUGUGACUUUUCUGUAUAUAGUUUAGUUAGUCAUUCCAGUAUUACGUUUUCUUCUAUUCAGGGACCACAAUCAUAAAGAACGGACCAAAGGAAAGGGAAACAAAAAGAAAAUUGAAACUAUGCAAUAAAAUGUAAAAAAAAAUAUGAAAAAAAUAAAUAAAAAAAUAAAAGAAGGUAAUUAGGGUGACGAAAAAAAGAAGAAAAUAAAUUAAUGAAAAACUUAACUUGAUUUUAAAAUACCUGCUAAUUUACAAAGAACACUACUACUAUUACUACUACUACUACUACUACUACUACUACUAUACAAAACAAGCAAAAAGACGAAGUCAAUUCACUCACCAACCAUCAUCAUCAUCAUCUGCUACCACUGCUGC